AUGGCUGGUUCAUCAACAAAGAGGUUUCCUCUCUACGCUAAGGACUAUGAGCUCUUUGAAGAGGUGGGAGAAGGUGUAAGCGCUUCUGUCUACAGAGCUAAGUGCAUUGCUUUAAACGAGAAUGUUGCCAUUAAGAUCAUGGAUCUUGAGAAAUGCAGAAAUGAUUUGGACACAAUACGGAAGGAAGUUCACAUAAUGAGUUUGAUUGAACAUCCAAAUCUGUUGAAAGCGCAUUGCUCUUUCAUAGACCGUAACACGUUGUGGAUUGUGAUGCCUUAUAUGUCUGGUGGCUCUUGCUUUCAUUUGAUGAAAACUGUUUAUCCUGAAGGCUUUGAGCAACCUAUUAUUGCUACUUUGUUGAGAGAAGUGCUUAAAGCUCUUGUUUAUCUUCAUAGACAAGGACACAUCCAUAGAGAUGUUAAGGCUGGGAACAUACUGGUUCACUCGAGAGGUGUGGUUAAACUUGGAGACUUUGGAGUUUCAGCGUGCAUGUUUGAUAGUGGUGAAAGGAUGCGUACAAGGAACACAUUCGUUGGAACUCCUUGCUGGAUGGCACCUGAAGUUAUGCAGCAAGUAGACGGUUAUGAUUUCAAAGCGGAUAUCUGGUCUUUUGGUAUAACUGCACUAGAGCUAGCUCAUGGUCAUGCCCCAUUCUCAAAAUAUCCACCUAUGAAGGUGCUGUUAAUGACCUUACAGAAUGCUCCUCCUCGCCUUGACUAUGAAAGAGAUAAGAAGUUCUCAAAGUCGUUUAGAGAGUUAAUCUCCGCCUGUUUAGUUAAAGAUCCAAAGAAGCGUCCAACGUCAGCUAAACUUCUGAAACACCCUUUCUUCAAACAUGCUCGGUCUACAGAUUAUCUCUCCCGUAAAAUUCUUAAUGGUCUUUGUCCACUUGGUGAACGUUUUAAAAAGCUAAAGGAAGCAGAGGCAGAGUUGUUUAAAGGCAUAACUGGUGACAAAGAACAGUUAUCUCAGCAUGAGUAUAUGCGAGGGAUUAGUGCUUGGAACUUUGAUCUACAAGAAUUGAGGAAGCAGGCAUCACUUAAUCCAGAUAAUGAAAUGUGCAGUUCAGAGACUCAGGAUGCUGGACUUGAUGUACCAAAAAGAAACCCAAUGAUACAAAGAUCAAGGACUAUGUCUUUGGAGAUGUUCAAAAUCUCAGACAAGGAUUUGAUGAGUGCGAGUAACAGUCUAACAAUAGGUCCAUUACUUCCUUCAUUUCGUCGCAAGUUCCUCCCUGCUAUUGGAUAUAAAGUUGGCAUCCUUUCUGAUGAAAGCAAAUCAUGUCGCCAAAGAGCUGUAGAGGCACUCGCUCUUGAAGAGCCAAAUCAACUAGAAGCAUUAGCAGUGGAUACCAAGGAGACACCUGCUCUUGAAGAGCUACAUCAACUAGAACCAUUAGCAGAUACCAAGCAAGCUCUUGAAGAGCCACAUCAAGUAGAACCAGUAGCGGAGAAACCAAAAAAUGGCUGCACAGUUAGUACUGUGAACAGCGCGUCUUGCACAGCAAAUGAAAUCCUCCCACUGUUACAGAGUCUCCUGGUACAGAAUGACAUUCAGAGGGAGAAAGUAGUCAGAUUAAUUAGAUUCUUUGAUCCAACUGCUGGUAAUGUCUCUCAUCUCAAUCAUGAAAAUACUUUGCAGAUAUAUCCAUCAAGGGAGAGAGAACUACAAUCUCAAGUUAAGUUCUUGGAGCAAAGUGUUGAGAUACUUGUAGAGGAAGUGAAGAGAAGGAAAGAAAUAAAUGAUCAGCUAGGAAGACAGAUCAGAUCUCUAACUAGUAGCAGCAGGAGGAGCAACAGCAGAUCAGGAGGUUAAUAAUAAACCAACUCUUUUUGUCUCUUCCAAGAGAAGGAGGAAGACUAUUCUUUUUGUGUAUUCAGUAUUUAUCAUAAUUACGUAGAAUAAUCACACUUUUAUUCUACAAAAUAAAUUUAACUAGGUUUAAUUUUCACAAACCUUGUUGAUGUAUGUAGAUAGACCCUUCCCAAAGAAUAAAAU